ACAAAAAAAAACUUAGAUUAAUUUAGAGAAAAACAGCUACAAAUACAAUAAUAAUGUCGGAACAAAAAAUUCAACUUGCUUCUCUUCUGUUACUUAUUUGUCUCAUUUUUCCUCAAUCAAAUGCAAAACAAUGCAUCUUCGAAGGCCAAUGUGUAACUGUUGAAGACUGCAACAACAUAUGCAAAAGCGGGGAAGAUCCAUUCUUGUGCAUGCGUUCAGGCCCAAAUAGAGGCAAAUGUUGUUGUUUGAAGAAAGAUGGUUUUGUAAUAGAAUGAUAUAUUCAUAUAUUUUGUAUAUCAACACCUAUCAUAAUAUUUAAAACUAAUAAGAUAAUA